ACGCGUUUCAAUGCUAACAGUUUGUAUUGGUUGUUUUUGACUUCGACGUUUCAGAAAAUUUCAAGAUGGCGAAAGGCACGCUGCCUGUUGAUAUGGAACUCAGGAAGGCAUUCCAGGAACUGCAGAGUAAGAUGAUAACAACAACACAACAAAUUAAGUUGUCCAAUGCACAGAUCGAUACUUUGAAGAGGACUGUGCAACAUUCUAAAUUGGUGGACCAGGAAGUCAUCUCUCUUCCACCAAAUACUCGCACGUACGAGGGUGUUGGCCGAAUGUUCAUUCUGCAAUCAGUUCUAGAUAUCCAAAAGAAUUUACAGCUUAAAGUGAAAGCUUCGGAAGAGAAAAUGAAAUCUUUAGAGACGAACAAAGUUUACCUGGAGAAAAAUUUGAAGGAGAGCCAGAAUAAUUUGAGGGAACUAAUAGUAUCAAAACAACAAUUAAGAUAGACUUUGUGUAAUUAUUUACUUGACAUUUCCUCUUCUUUUUUUAUCAUAUUCUCCCUUUUGGGAAACAUUUCUUAAAUUAUACUGUAAAGAAUAAUAAAACAUUGCAUUUUAACAGCAAUUAAAAUUUAAUCCAAA